AGUUUAGGAAUCUUGGUUCCACACCAUUGUAAUGGCGAGGUGUCUCAUAUAGAAUGAUAAAGUAUUGAAUGAUAAAGUGUCAAAUAGUAUUGGGACUGUUUAUAAAUUAUUACGUUUCCGAAAAAUUGCCUUAAAUAUACUAUUACAUUUUCAACCAUGUAUUCCUCAAUGCCCUCGAACGGCACAGACGUCUUUCCCAAGAGUGGAAAAUGCCGAGAUUUGAUGAUAUCCAACUGCGAGGAGCAAUGCAAAAUGCAAGGACAACCUGUCGAUAUACUGAUGAGAAAGUUAAACCGGAUGUCGGACAUCAGAGUGUCUGGAGGACCAUUUCACUACCAAAUGCGAGCCGGCGGCUACGGAGAAGUGUACGACGAGCCAGGGUGGAAGGUGGACUUGGGACUUGCGGACAUCAAGGAGCGAAGUGGGCUGGAGGAGAAUCCCAUGAAAUGUCGAUACGAACGUCGCGUCCUUCUCAACAACUGGGUGGAAGAACGGCGAGAUCGGCAGCACAUCAAGUACGACAAUGCUCCCAAGCUCUCAGAGUACGGACACGUCUACAAGUCCGAGUACAGCACCUCGUUCACUAAACCUCUUUGCAACAAGGCAAGAGAAAUGCUGUUGAAAAUCAAAUCUUUUCCUAUCACCGUACAUCCCGGACAUCAGCCAGAUCUGGACAUUCCAGUCGUCAGAUGUUCCCUUCCCAAACCAGAAAGCUGCAUUUUGGAUGAAGAGACGGUCAAAAUGAAAAAGGAUCUCAUUUGUCGGAAACGAUACGCGAGACAUGCAAAUGAAGUUGGUGGAGGCUGAGCAUCAGACUGCUCUCAAAUAAUACAGUCAAACAUUAAACAGUAAUAAAAUAUUAAACUAAAAAAGAAUAAACUAUAGCAAACCGAUACGCUCGUA